AUGGUCCGCCGCAAACCACCGCUCUCUUCCUUUCUCCUCCUCCUCUUCUCCACCAUCGCCAUUGCCACCGCCACCUCUAUUUCGCAAAGAUUUAAAGAAGCUCCCAAGUUCUACAACGCUGCAGAAUGCCCCCACACCGACAUUGACUACGACACCGACACUUUGACCACCUACGAUGAUUCCGCCGUUCACGUCGCCAUGACCCUCGACGUUACCUACAUCCGCGGAUCAAUGGCCGCCAUACUUUCCGUCCUCCAACACUCGUCCUGCCCACAGAACAUUAUCUUCCACUUUGUCACCUCCGCUUCUUCAGACGCGUCACUCUUACGCGCCACCAUCGUUACUUCGUUUCCUUACCUGAAAUUUAAAAUUUACAGGUUUGAUGAUUCUUUUGUCGCCGGACUUAUUUCUACCUCCAUACGUUCCGCCCUCGACUGCCCACUCAAUUAUGCUCGGAGUUACCUUGCUAAUAUACUCCCACCUAACGUUCGUAAAGUCGUGUAUCUUGAUUCCGACCUGGUGGUCGUCGACGACAUUGCAAAGCUCGCCGCCACACCCCUCGGAUACGACUCCGUCCUCGCGGCACCGGAAUAUUGUAACGCUAACUUCACGUUCUACUUCACACCUUCUUUCUGGUCAAACCCGUCUCUAUCUUUAACCUUUGCCAAUCGGAAAGCUUGUUACUUUAAUACCGGCGUAAUGGUUAUCGAUCUAGACCGGUGGCGUGCUGGUGGUUACACAACAAAGAUUGAAGAAUGGAUGGAACUGCAGAAAAGAAUGAGAAUCUACGAACUGGGUUCUCUUCCACCGUUCUUGCUUGUUUUUGCCGGAAAGAUAGCUCCGGUGGAUCACAGAUGGAACCAACAUGGACUUGGCGGUGAUAAUUUCCGGGGUCUUUGCCGUGAUCUACAUCCGGGACCGGUGAGUCUAUUACAUUGGAGUGGUAAAGGGAAGCCAUGGGUGAGACUUGAUGCAGAAAGGCCAUGUCCUCUGGAUGCACUUUGGGCUCCAUAUGAUCUUUUAAAACCUCCAUUUUCGUUUGAUUCUUGA